AUGAGACUUCUGGGCUCAGAAAGCUCGAAACCCUCUCUUUCCGAAUCGAACCAGAAGCUUCUGGCUUCUCAGAAGGCUCUAGCCUUUUAUGGACAACAUAACCACCCGAAACACGGCUUGACUAUAGUGGUUUCGGACGUCGACCCGGAAGCUCCUAGCGGGCGCGAACGAAGCAUUCCUUGGCUUACAAUGAGGACUCUUGCCGGGGAUCCUGCUCAGCAAUCAGGUGCCAAGACAGCUCGGCCAAUACCAGAAAGCACGUCUAGUUUAACUUCAACUGUUCAUGCUUUGGAGUGGCUGAAGAAAUGCCUUCUGAGCAAAGAUUGCUCCGAAGGCUGUACACACAUCAUUGACAACGAUCUUCAGGAGUGUCUUACGAAGACAGAUGGAAAUAAUAAAAACUCGGAAUCAAUUUCUCUGUUAGCGGGACUUGACAAGUCGUUUCAGAAACAAGAAAUGCGAAGGGUGCAAUUAUGCGAGGACAUCCAGUUCUUACACCAACAAAGGGGCCUCUCACGAGGCGACGCACUUGUCGAAGAAGAGUGCGCCGCAAGACUUGUCGAGAUCAUCGAUACGGACCAGGGUACCAAGCUCAAGAUAGUGCCGGGCUCAGUUAGAUAUUCGUCGUAUGCCGCGUUGAGCUAUAAAUGGGGCAGCCUGGAUGCUAUCUGGCAAACUACCACCAAGAACCUUGGUACGCGACUGACAGAGUUCAAUAUCGUUGAGCUUCCCAAGACUCUUUCUGACACUGUUCAAGUUGUCAGAAAUUUUGGUCUGAAAUGGGCUUGGAUCGACAGUCUCUGCAUUGUUCAAGAUGAUAAAGACGACUGGGCAAGGGAAGCCGUCAAGAUGGCCUCUAUUUACCAAAACGCCCUCGUCACUAUUUCUGCUGACUCCAGCCAAGACGCCAAAGCAGGGCUACACAACGAGAAGUCUUGUUCCAUUUUCAAUGACAGGGAUAGCGUCAAGAUCUGCAGCCAGCUCUCAACUGGCGAAGAAAGCUCAAUCUUUUUGUUCCCAGAACAAGAGACAAGAAUUGAUCGCUCGGCUACCAAUCUGCGAGAUAUGGGUGAUCUUCUAAGUCACUGCGCGCUCCGUGACCGAGGAUGGACUAUGCAAGAGCGAAUACUGUCCCCCAGGAUCAUCCACUUCGCUUCUGACCAGCUCUAUUGGGAGUGCUUACACGGAAUCCAGGAAAGUGAAGAUGAACUUCUUUGGAUGGGCCGUAACAUGAACAUGGCAAAGAUAGCACAUCGGAUUAACUCUGCGGAGAACGAGGAAGCAAAGAAGAAAGAACUCAAACAGAUGCUGCGCUACUGGUAUGUUCACCUUGUUGGGGGAGACUACUCGCAUCGUUCUUUGACAUUCAUCGACGACAAACUACUCGCUAUUAGUGGAGUAGCCAAAGCCCUUGACAACAUUCACCCGUAUGGUUACAUGGCUGGCCAUUGGUGCGAAGACGACGAUGAGCUCGUCAAAAGUCUCUGCUGGAAGCGCGGUGGCUCGGGCAAGAAGGCGGCCAAGUAUCGCGCGCCAUCUUGGUCAUGGGCCAGUCAGGACUCAGCAAUUGAUUAUGGUCAUUUCAGUAUAAUAGGAACUAACUUAGGUGAGAAGCUCGUCGCAGAACCUGUGGCUAUGGAGGGUCAAAGUCCAGAUGGCACUCCAUUCGGCCAAUACGAUAACGGGUAUCUUCAGAUCAAAGCCAAGGUCGCGCACGGGAAAUUAUUCCCAAACUGCGGGCAUGAUUUCAGCAACUAUCAACAGACUGGUGCCUCCGGUGGUUACGAUGUUGAUCCUCUGAAGGAGAGAUGCGCGUUUCUGCUGCUCGAUGGCGGAGAGACGUCUGAUCUAGUCUGGCUAGACGAAAGCCAGGCAACUAAAGAGCCUAUCACAGAGCCCAUCGACGUUCAAGUCGUCAUGAUUUCUGAGAUCGAAUCUGAAGAAGAAGAAGGGCCGCGUCCUGGAGCUUGUUUGAUCUGUACUUUGGACGAGAAGUACUGCUUGACGAGAAUUGGGCUCACAGAGUCUCUGAAGUACUACAAAGAGGGGCAGGGUGAAGAGUCUCCUCCGGUUUCCGGGUCGCGUCUUUCUUACAAUCGUAGUGGCGGUGAUUCGGCCGAGCGGCGGUCUUCUAAUCUUGGCGCUCUGCAGGCGUUAAUCCUCAGGAAGCAAGAAACUCCUGGCAUCAGAUCAGAUGCCACAGCAAACCUAGUUGACUACAUAUACGUUCUUCGAAUAUCCCCUUUACUACACUGCACGUGGACUCAUUGCUCUUCCGACCCUCAUCACUUCCGUCACCAUGUCUUCCACAACGAGCCUAUGCGCGAGGCGGAUGGACCGACUCUGACUGCGACCGCAACGGCAUACAUCGAUGUUUCCAGAACGCUAGACACGGAGGCCCUGUCCCGCAUCCUCAGCGACGAGUAUGGUCACCGAUUUGCCCCGACCUGGUAUAACCUUCCUGGAUCCAUGGAUCGCCAUGGCUUGAUCGCUCGACUGAAUCAGGUUGGAGAGGUCAUGUCUUCAUUCCCUGUCACCAUCAAGCAGAUGUGGCCCAAUCCGUCGCUACGACAGGUCCUCGUAUGGGGAAAGUCUGAGACCAAUUUCCGAAGGCAGUUGAGGGACAGUGAUUAUGAUGAAGAAUGGACGAAGCGGGGAGAGUAUAUGUUCCUGGUGACCAUGAAUGAAACUGGGGAAAGGAUAACAGAUGUACUUGAGUUUGUGGAUAGUGAAGGCAUAGAGGAUAUCGCUGGCCUGGUGGCCAGAGCAUUGGACUGGAGGCUAUCGGCUACGUAA